GCCCAGGCCAGAAUCACAUGCCCCGCCGGCUCUGUCUCAGUCCAAGCCAGCUCCUUCCCGCUGUCCUGCUCACAACUUUCCCCGCUGCUUCUUUUGCGCAAACUUGUCCCACAGCGGGCAGAUCGGAGCCUUGGUCGCCGGCGGGACCCAGCUCGCAGUGCGUCCCUCGCGCCGCGAGUUUUGGGCUUCCCCGGCUCCCAAGGCAGUCUGGUACCCCUCGCUUCCUGCCUGCAGAGUUUGGGAUCAGGGUGGGCUAGUGGGGGGCGUCGGGAAAGUUUUGGUUUGCUUUGCUUUGCCUUUUUAAGUGAGUGUAGAGAGAAAGGAGGCGAGUUUGAGAAUGAUGAGGGCAAGGGACGCUUGGGCAUCCCCUCUGGGGCUCGCCUUCUGGGUACUGAGCCUGGCUUUCAUCGGGGAAGUGGCUGAGGGGAGAACACUCGAAGAUCAGGAUUAUUACAUCCAGGAGAUCCUGAACCGAGAUCAUUACUAUGCCUUCCCGGAACCCGAUGAGGAGACUACCACAGAACAGCCCAGAGAGGAAGCAGAGGAACUGGGGCGCCCUGAAGAGAGGCGGCAGCCCCCCAAACUCAAGCCAGCCAAAAAAGAGUUAAAACAGAAGAAAGCCAAGAAGGAAAAACUGAUGCUUGAGACACCUCCAGGUAAAAAUGGCAAUAAGAAAAGUGAAAAGACCAGGAGUCAUGACAAGGUUUCAGAUGGAGACUAUGAAUCCCAAAUUGUUUCUGAAGAAGUCAGAGAAAGUUGUCCUCCUCUGGGUUUGGAAACAUUAAAAAUCACUGACUUCCAGCUACAUGCCUCGACAGUUAAGCGAUAUGGCCUGGGGGCUCACAGAGGUCGGCUCAACAUUCAGGCAGGUAUUAAUGAAAAUGACUUUUAUGAUGGAGCUUGGUGUGCAGGACGAAACGACCUUCACCAGUGGAUUGAAGUUGAUGCCAGGAGGCUGACCAAAUUCACAGGUGUCAUCACCCAAGGAAGGAACUCCCUGUGGUUGAGUGAUUGGGUGACAUCUUACAAGGUGAUGGUUAGCAACGACAGUCAUACUUGGAUCACUGUUAAGAAUGGAUCAGGAGAUAUAAUAUUUGAAGGAAACAGUGAAAAAGAAAUCCCAGUCCUUAAUGAGCUUCCAGUUCCAGUGGUGGCCCGCUAUAUCCGCAUAAACCCUCGGUCAUGGUUCGAUAAUGGGAGCAUCUGCUUGAGACUGGAAAUUCUAGGUUGUCCAUUACCUGAUCCUAAUAACUAUUAUCACAGAAGGAAUGAAAUGACAACUACAGAUGACCUGGAUUUUAAGCAUCACAACUACAAAGAAAUGAGACAGUUGAUGAAGAUUGUGAAUGAAAUGUGCCCAAACAUCACAAGGAUUUACAAUAUUGGCAAAAGCCACCAAGGUCUGAAGUUGUAUGCUGUGGAAAUCUCUGACAACCCAGGAGAGCACGAAGUUGGUGAACCAGAAUUCCGCUAUAUAGCAGGGGCACAUGGGAACGAGGUGCUUGGACGAGAACUCGUGCUGUUGUUGAUGCAGUUUCUGUGCCAAGAGUACAGGGCUGGAAACACACGGAUCAUCCGACUCAUUGAAGACACCCGGAUUCAUCUUCUUCCUUCUGCCAAUCCAGACGGUUAUGAGAAGGCUUAUGAAGUGGGCUCUGAAUUGGGAGGAUGGUCUCUGGGACGUUGGACCCAUGAUGGUAUUGAUAUCAACAACAAUUUUCCAGAUUUAAAUACUAUGCUUUGGGAAGCUGAGGACCGUCGGAAUUUCCCAAGAAAGGUCCCCAAUCAUCACAUUCCAAUACCUGAAUGGUUUCUAUCUGAAAAUGCAACGGUGGCUGUUGAGACAAGGGCAAUAAUAGCUUGGAUGGAAAAAAUCCCAUUUGUGCUGGGAGGUAAUUUACAAGGAGGAGAACUGGUGGUGGCGUACCCAUAUGACAUGGUCCGAUCAUUAUGGAAGACCCAGGAGCAGACACCUACCCCUGAUGAUCACGUAUUUCGAUGGCUCGCCUAUUCCUAUGCAUCAACCCACCGGCUCAUGACAGAUGCCCGGAGAAGGGUGUGCCACACUGAAGAUUUUCAGAAGGAGGAUGGAACUGUGAAUGGAGCUUCUUGGCAUACUGUUGCUGGAAGUCUGAAUGACUUCAGUUACCUUCAUACAAACUGUUUUGAGCUGUCAAUAUAUGUGGGCUGUGACAAAUAUCCUCAUGAGAGUGACCUGCCUGAAGAAUGGGAGAAUAAUCGUGAAUCUUUGAUAGUAUUUAUGGAACAGGUUCAUCGUGGCAUCAAAGGCAUAGUACGAGAUUCACAUGGGAAAGGAAUUCCAAAUGCUAUCAUUUCUGUGGAAGGUGUUAAUCAUGAUAUUCGAACAGCCAACGAUGGGGAUUAUUGGCGUCUCCUAAAUCCUGGAGAAUAUGUAGUCACUGCCAGAGCAGAAGGCUUUACCUCUUCAACCAAGAACUGUGCCGUGGGUUAUGACAUGGGAGCUACUCGGUGUGACUUUACAAUCAGCAAGACCAACCUUGCAAGGAUAAAAGAGAUCAUGGAGAAAUUUGGAAAGCAGCCCAUCAGUCUACCAGUCAGGCGCUUGAAGCUGAGAGCCAGGCAAAGGCGUCAAAGAAGAUAAAUGCCUGACACAUGGGUUUAUAAGUCCUGUUUGAGUCAAAACCAAUUGUAUUAGUUGCUACAUAGCCAACAUGCUCAUUGUUAUUAUUAUUUUUUCAAUUCAAGACAUGACAGUUAGUAUGUGUGUAUUGUGAGAAAAGUCCCAGAACACAGAGCUCAAGGCUCAGAAUAUUUCCCAUUUUGUGGUCUUUAUAUGAAUUGUUUAGGCUGAGUGUAGCAAGGUAAGAUCAAUUGAUAGACAUGGACACGUUGGCUUCGGCUUAUAAAAAAACAAACCAGCAAAGUUAGUUUUAAGAUCACCUUCCUAAAUGGGGGUGAGGAUGGGAAGGGGGAAGAAACAUUUUUUGUUUAUAUGACAGCAGGAAUUCCAUGUCAGCUCAGAAAUGUGCACAGUUAAAAGGACAGGAUUAUAGAUUUAGAUCUAGAAGGGACCGUCAAGGUUAUCUGUUCCAACCUCCUCAUUUUACCAAUGAGGACA